UGUGAUGCCUCUAAACCCAUGGACGACUGGAACCUACAAGAGCUGCUCGUCUACUUCCGCGCCUGCGCAGAAUGAGCGACAGUCGGACUACCAAACUGGUCAAACAGCGGGUGUGAAAAUGCAUAAGCUGAAGUCUUCGCAGAGGGACAAGGUACGGCAGUUCAUGUCCUUCACACAGGCUGGAGAGAAGACAGCUGUGUACUGCCUCACACAGAAUGACUGGAAACUAGAAGUUGCCACCGACAACUACUUUCAGAAUCCAGAUCUCUACUGUAAGGAAUCCAUGAAAACGUCAGUAGACCGGAAAAAGCUGGAGCAGCUCUACAAUCGCUACAAAGAUCCCCAGGAUGAAAAUAAGAUUGGCAUUGAUGGGAUCCAGCAGUUUUGUGAUGACCUGUCACUGGAUCCAGCCAGUAUUUCCGUGCUUGUCGUCGCGUGGAAGUUUCGUGCCGCCACUCAGUGCGAGUUCAGCAAGAAGGAAUUUCUGGAUGGAAUGACAGAAUUGGGGUGUGACAGCCCAGAAAAACUGAAGGCCCUCUUGCCAAGAUUAGAGCAGGAGCUCAAAGAUAGUGGGAAGUUCAAGGACUUCUACCAGUUCACCUUUAAUUUUGCCAAAAAUCCUGGACAGAAGGGUCUAGACUUGGAGAUGGCCGUAGCCUACUGGAACCUGGUUCUGUCGGGACGAUUUAAGUUCCUUGAUCUUUGGAACAGAUUCCUUUUGGAACACCAUAAACGAUCCAUCCCAAAGGACACAUGGAACCUAUUGUUGGACUUUGGUAACAUGAUUGCAGACGAUAUGUCAAACUAUGAUGAGGAAGGAGCGUGGCCAGUCCUUAUAGAUGAUUUUGUGGAAUUCGCCCGACCAAUUGUAACAGGAUCAAAACGCAAAACUCUUUAAACCCAAUCCCAACUCUGGAAAGCCAGAACCUUGUUUCUUUUUACAGUGACUUCAUAGUUUUUUUUAAGACUUGUACAAAAAAAACAGUGAACAUUGUAGACUUCAGAGAGAGAACAGAAGCACUUGAAACUGUCAGGACACCACCUUUCAGGGAGCUGAGUAAAAAACUAUGAGAACAAGUGGCCACACUUUUUGUCCUCGUGGGGACUGAGGCGUCAUACGGACAUUGACGGUUUCACUGCUGUCUCUCCGGUUGGAUUCUCAGCAUCCUGGACGUCCCUCUGCUCCAGGAGGAGCACCACCCGUCAGCCCACAGCCCUCUAAGAGGGGAUGGACACUGAGAGGAGGUUCACGGGCUGUGUGUACUCUAAAGGGACUGAAGAGGCGAAAAACUGUGUUUUAAGACUCUCCCUCGCCAGCUUUGUUUUGUUAUAUGAAGCUCUGAGUGACUGUGCAAAGUUCCCAUGUCUUACUCUAACUUCGAGACAGAGUGCUCACUACACCAGCACCAACAGAACUGUUGCAGUUUUUACUGUACAUACUGUAUCUAUUGGGACAGUUUACAAAGAGAACUAUAAGAAGAAUAAUAUAAAUACGUUCAGUUUAUAAAUGCAGAAGAUGAUUCUUUUAUGUACAGUAAAUGCUAAGAUCUCUAACGAGAUGCCUCAACAUAGUGGAUGAUAUGCUGUUGGUUUAAUUGUUAGGUGGAUCUGUCAAGUCAUGGAAUUGUGAGCUUCUCAUUGAAAGCAUGUUAAACACUUUUUACGUCCCCUCGGGCUGGUUUCACAAAUACAUUUUAACUAAAGUAAAAGCAAUGCUUUAAUUUAGAAAACUGAUGUUGGUUCGUGGAAUUCAUUUGUCAGGUUAAUCUUAGUUGGGAGUUGUUCAUGAAUCCAACAAGUGACGAAGUCCACAGCGCCACAAUUUUGCUUUCAAAAGAGAAUUUCUUUCUGUUUAGGAAAGCGUUUUUGUCCCUCUGUGACAAAAAUGUUGCUAAAGUGACUAUCAGCAGCAUUUCAAUGAAAUUUAAAGUUAAGAAACUACAGACCCUUAGGAUUGCAUGGCACAUAUCUGUAUGUUAUGGCAGUGCGAAGCCUUAAGUUCAGAAGCCAGGACACUAAAGAGGGCAACAACAUGGACGAAAAAGUAAGCCUUAAGAAUAAAUAUCUGUCUGUUCAAUAUUUAUAUUUCGUACAAGCCCAUCUGUCCAGUGUUACUGAAGGUAGUAAAAGUUACAAUAUAUUGUUAAUACAUCAUGUAAGUAGCCUAAGUAUAUUGUUCAUUUAAGAAAGAUGAAUAAAGCAUGAGUUUUUCCAUAAUCAUACAUGCAAAUAGUUCUUUUGUUGAUCAGUUAGAUGAGGGACAUUUUACAUCACUUACAGAACAGUAUAGCUGCUUAGACAAGAGUGUGUUUGUAAAGCAGAGUUGUGUAAAAAAGGUUUAUGACCAUACUGAUCUGAAUGUGCUAAAGAAAGCUUUAAUAUUUCUUUUUUUUUUUCAGAAUAUCCCUCCAUGUUGUUGAUUGUUAAUAAUAAACAAUAUUUAACAUGA